UUAUAUUUGUAAGAGAUAUAUACAUUUGUGGAGAGGAAUCAAUACUCUUUCUAUUUAUUUGGAAUUAUUUGUUUUGGUCCAAAGAUAUGUGUCUGAUCCACUUGUACUCUUCUAUAUUUUUAAACCAAUCCAUUACCACAUACACUCCCUCCUUAGACAGACCUCUCUAUCUUGUACUCUUCAGGAAAAUUACAUAGCUAUCCUUCAUUCCACUAGCUCUCUUCUGUUCAUUACUCUUGGUGGUAAGGGUAGUUUGUGGUUUUCUUUGUUUGGAGAAUAUGGCUUCUCUGUUUGGUCACAAUUAUUAGAGGAAAAGAGAGGAAGAAGCUCUUUUGGUUGAUCUUAUUCUCUCGUCUAGUACGUUACGGCACGUCUUCUUCAUGAGAAGGACCUGAAACAGUGUUCCAUGGUGAAUUUCUUGAGUGAGAAGAAACUGCCACCCUACUGUUCGUAAUAUGUCAGCAAAGAAGAAAGAUCUUUUGACCUCAGCUAUGAAGAGAACCAGUGAAUGGAUUUCUUCUCAGGAAGUCUCUAGUGAUAUCACCGUUCAUGUUGGAGAAGCUUCGUUUUCACUGCACAAGUUUCCACUCUUGUCAAAAUGUGGGUUUAUCAAGAAACUUAUGUCUGAAUCAACCAAAGAUUCAGAUUCCACCGUUAUCAAAAUCCCGGAUAUCCCCGGAGGCUCCGAAGCAUUUGAGCUAGCAGCUAAGUUCUGCUAUGGCAUUAACUUCGAUAUGAGUACAGAGAACAUUGCGAUGCUGAGAUGUGCAGCAGAGUAUCUAGAGAUGACAGAGGAACACUCUGUGGAAAAUCUCGUCGUAAGAGCUGAAGCUUACGUGAAUGAAGUAGCUCUCAAGAGCUUAUCGAGUUCAAUCACAGUCUUGCAUAAAUCAGAGGAAUUGUUGCCCAUUGCUGAAAGAGUGAAACUUGUAAGCCGUUGCAUUGAUGCGAUUGCAUAUUUGACCUGUCAAGAGAGCCUAUUUUGCAGUCCUUCUUCAAGUAAUAGCGGGAACAAUGAGGUUGUGGUUCAGCAGCAGAGCAAGCAGCCUGUAGUUGAUUGGUGGGCUGAAGACUUAACGGUUCUUAGGAUUGAUUCGUUUCAACGUGUACUGAUCGCAAUGAUGGCUAGAGGGUUUAAGCAGUAUGGACUUGGUCCAGUGCUUAUGCUUUAUGCUCAGAAAUCUCUUCGAGGGUUGGAGAUUUUCGGGAAAGGAAUGAAGAAGAUUGAACCAAAACAAGAACACGAGAAAAGAGUGAUUCUUGAAACAAUCGUAAGCCUUCUUCCUCGAGAGAAAAACGCAAUGUCCGUUAGCUUUCUCUCGAUGCUUCUACGUGCAGCGAUAUACCUUGAAACAACGGUUGCUUGUAGACUUGACUUGGAAAAGAGAAUGGGAUUACAAUUAGGACAAGCAGUGCUCGACGAUCUCUUGAUUCCUUCUUAUUCAUUCACUGGAGAUCACUCCUUGUUUGAUACAGACACUGUUCAACGCAUACUCAUGAACUAUCUCGAGUAUGAAGUUGAAGGAGUCCGCUUAAGCAACAAUGGUGUUGAUCUUGCAGGUGAUAUGGAACGUGUUGGUAAAUUGAUGGAGAAUUAUAUGGCUGAAAUUGCUUCUGAUAGAAAUGUGAGCUUGCAGAAAUUCAUCGGUUUAGCUGAACUUAUCCCUGAACAGUCUAGGGUUACUGAAGAUGGCAUGUAUCGAGCCGUCGACAUCUACCUUAAGGCCCACCCGAAUAUGAGUGAUGUAGAGAGGAAGAAAGUGUGCAGCUUAAUGGAUUGCCAAAAACUAUCGCGAGAAGCCUGCGCUCAUGCAGCUCAGAAUGAUCGUCUCCCCGUUCAGACCAUUGUUCAAGUCCUUUACUACGAACAACAACGUCUACGAGGAGAAGUCACUAAGGACGCAGAUUCUCCAGCACCACCUCCACCAGCAGUUGCAGCAGCUGUUCUUCCUCCCAAACUCAGCUCCUACAACGACGAACUCUCAAAGCUUAAACGCGAAAAUCAGGACUUGAAGCUCGAACUUCUCAAAAUGAAAAUGAAGCUUAAAGAGUUUGAGAAAGAGAGUGAGAAGAAAUCAUCAUCAUCAACCAUCAGCACCAAUCCAAAUUCACCGAUCUCAACUGCUUCCAUGGAUAAGCCUCCAUUGCCAAGAAAGUCGUUCAUAAACUCUGUUUCAAGAAAACUCGGAAAGCUAAACCCUUUUGGCAUCACGCCAUACAGUGGUAGAGGCAGAACCAAACCACCCAAAGAUCGGAGACACUCUAUUUCUUGAAAACCAUAUUAAUAUUAUACACAUAAUAAGUAUAUGUUUACUUGUUCAACAAAAGAAAGUAUAUGUUUACUUUUUGUUGGGACUUCUAAGUUCUGAAUCAAGGAUUUAUUUUUUCCCUA